AUGGGGCAGACACCGCACCAAGUGCAAAGCACACAACCAAUUCCCAAACCAAAGGAGCCCAACUCCUACAGACCCAUUUCUCUCAUCAGCUGCACAGAAAAGACGGCAGAGAGAAUGGUGUUAAACAGAUUGCUGUGGAAAACAGGACCCUUACACCACCGCUUAUAUGCCUACGAAGAGGGGAUAGGCACACAGGAAUGUCUAGCAGAUGUGAUGGCCACAAUAAAUAACAAGAAAGCAAUUGUAGUAUUUCUCGACCUAGAAAAAGGCUACGAACUUGCCAGUGCGGCUGCCAUCCUGGCAGCCUUAGCCGACAAAGCAGUUAAAGGCAACCUUCUAGCAUGGGCCAAAGGAUACAUGCAAGACAGACAAGCCAGAGUUACCUUUCAAGGAGCAACCUCCGAAUUCCUCAAUCUGGAAAAUUGA